AGCCAUACACAUAGAAUGCAACUUUUUUUAUGAAUCAAUAACGUGACACGAUGCGGAAAACACUUCUUUCGCUUCUAAGUGCUUCGGCUAUGAUCUUAGUAAUAAAAGGUGAAAUUUCCGAAAAUACCGUUUUUCCCUCGUUACCGGUGGCUGUGUUAGAAACGAACAACUCAUUAUGUAAAAGACAAAGUGAAAUGUAUAUCCAAAAUUUAGAAAACUUUACGUUGUGGGCACACGAAAUGUGGGACGCGACUGCAAAAUCGGCGACGGGAGUGCUGCGAGGAAGCAUUUUCCAAAUGGGGCAUUUUGAGGAAUGUCUAACAGCUAAAGCGCCCUUUUUGACCAAAUACUGCUUGACUCAAUUGACGGCAAAUGUGCCCAAUCCGAGGCACCACACGGACCCCAUUUCGCUCUACCAUGACCCAUACGAACAUGUUUCAGAAAGACUUUAUCCCUACAAAGACAAGUCCCAACAACCCCGAAACAUAAUCCAAGUCGGAUGGUGCAUCCCUGCGUCCUGCUCCCCUGAAGAGUCAGAAAAGUUCCUUAAUUCUUACAUAAAUGACAUCGAUUUACCUCUUUUACAAAACAAUGUAACAUACAACGCACACAUUUCCGAAAUAACUUGUCACACUAAGCUCGAAAAUUCACGAUUCCUUCCUGCUGACUACUGCUUCUGCACACUAGCCACUCUCCUUUGUUUAUUAGUAAUAGUGUCAACACUUUGUGAUUUCAACGCAAGUGAGGAAAAAGACGAAAAGCCGGCUAAAAAAUCAUCUUUGUAUAGCUAUUUGAUGGCCUUUUCCGCAAGGAAGAAUUUCAACGAAUUGACAAAAAUCGACGAAUCUAAUAGUGCCUUGCGACUCUUAUACGGAAUUCGCACACUUUGCAUUUUUUGCAUUAUUUUGGAUCACCGUUUUGGCACUUUUACAUCCGCAGCUUUACUAAAUUUCGACUAUGUGGAAACACAAUACAGAGCACCACUAGCCCCGUUUUUAUUUCAUGGGGAUUUAUUCGUAGAUACAUUUUUUGUCUUGGGUGGACUUUUGGUGUGUUACGGAUUGUUGAAUCAAUAUGAUAAGAAAAAAGUUAAUCCCGCAUUCAUUAUUUUGAUGAGAUAUAUAAGAUUAACACCCGUUUAUGCUUUCGUUAUUUUCUAUUAUGCCACGGUUUUCAAUUACACGGGUUCGGGGCCUUUAUGGAAAUUAAUCGCCGGUCAAGAUUCCCAAGACUGCAAAGACCACUGGUGGAUCAAUCUCCUCUAUCUCAGCAAUUACGUUAAAGCCGAUCACGUGUGUAUGGCCCAUUCAUGGUAUCUCCCGUGUGACUUUCAUUACUUCAUCAUAGCCAUUUUUGUGUGUCUUUUGAUCAAAAAAGACAAGAAGUUUGGGCUCGGCACGCUGCUACUCCUCGUUGUUGUUUCAACAUUGAUCCCGUUUGCCAUUACUUUGGUGUAUCAACGACCGGCUUUGCUGCACUUUUAUCCCGAGUUUUUAACAGGACCAAAAAGCCAUUACGAUUUUCUCCUAACUUAUAUCAAGUCGCACACGAGGGCUACACCAUAUUUCAUCGGAAUGUUUGCCGGCUAUGUCUACUACAAAUUACAAGGAAAAAACACGCAUGUUUGUCGGAUCAGGUCACACUUCCUGAUGCUGCUCUCGCUCAUAAUGAUUUUAGUUUGCAUCGUCGGGGGUGCUGUUUUUUACGAUCCGUAUCACAAAUACAACGCCCUUGAAUCUAGCGUAUAUGCGGCUUUACACCGGCCAGCGUUCGCUAUUGGUACUGUAGGAAUAAUCUACGUUUCCAGUUAUGGUCACGCUACUUUCAUUAAUAAAAUUCUUUGUUGGUCCCCUUGGAUUCCUCUAAGUAAAUUGGUUUAUGGUGUUUACCUCAUCCACAUGCAAUUCCAGUUAAGAGCUGCAUCCAAGUUUAUGAAUCCGAGACAGUUUUCUUAUUUUGAUGUGAUUUGUCUGUCUGUGGGUGACACACUUUUGUCUUUUUUGGCCGCAAUUGCGUUAUAUUUAUUGGUUGAAGCACCUUUUAGGAAGAUUUUCAGACAACUCUUAAUGCCAAACAGAGUCAGUCCACCAGAAACAAAAGCAGAGUCGAGAGAAAAUGUCAGCAAUGGUGUUACGGAUAGUAGGUUAUAGGAACUCAACUUUUCUCAUCGAAUUAAUUUAUCAUAACCAGUAGUAUUUAAUGUUAGAUUAUGUGUACUUUAAUUUUCUAUGAGAAAUUUCAGUCAGUAACAAAAAUAAAGUUUUUUAACUUAC